GCCCCGCGCGGCCCCGCCCACACCUUCCCCUCCUCCGCGCGCAUCUCGGCCCCGCCCCCCGCUCCCGCCAUCCCCCGUGGCGGGGCAAAGAUGGCGGCCGCCAUGGCGGCGGGGCUGGGCCGUGCGGCCCCGCGGCUCUGCUGGAAGGCCGCCGAGUCCCUGCUCCGUCCCGGGGCGCUGCCGCCCUGCGUGGUUGUGCCGGUGAGGAGCAGGAGGAAGGGCCCGCGGCUGCCCGAGUGGGCCCGGGAGCUGAGCCCUGAGGAGAGGGAGAGGCGGCUCCGGUCGGCGGCGCCGAUCUUCCCUGACGAGCGCAUGGAGCGCACCUUCUUCUUGGCUUGCACGGGUGAGAUCAUGGAUCCCUACGUCCCCCCCGAGGGCGAUGCCCGCCUGACCUCGCUGUCCAAGGACGGCGUGAAGCAGCAGAUGCAGAAGCUGAGGCAGACAGCGGCCUCCCAGCUGGCCCUGCGGAAGAUCAAGGAUCACGACCCGGAUUUCAGCACCAAAACCUUCCCUGAGAAAGCCCAGGAGAUAUUUAUUGAGGCCCACAACUCCCUGGCAAACUUUGACAAGCAGAAGCUUCACUCCCUGGUGACGGAGCGCUGCUACCCCGACCUGGUGCGUGGCAGCAGGUACAGAACCAUCCACUGGAGCUUCCUGCAGUCCCUGGAGCCCCCCCGGGUGGUGCACGUGCGCUGUGAGAGCAUCCUCAACCGGGGCAACCUCUACGGGCAGGUGACAGUGAGGCUGCACAGCCGCCAGAUUCUGGCCAUCUAUGACCGCUUUGGGCGGCUCAUGUGCGGCGGGGAGGACAUUCCCAAGGAUGUUCUGGAAUAUGUUGUGUUUGAGAGGUACCUGGUGAACCCCUAUGGAACCUGGAGGAUGCAUGGGAAGAUCAUCCCGGAGUGGGCCCCACCCAAGGAUCCCAUCAUUAAGACCGUGAUGAUUCCUGGCCCAGCCCCGGAUCCCUCACAGGAGCAUGAAACAGUGAAGUAGAAAGUUCUGGAACGUGGACAGGGACAAAGAGGCCAGGAGGGAGGACUGGGAAUGUGUUGGACGUGGCUGUGCCUUCGGGAGUGGGCUCCAGCCACGGCAGAUUUGUCCUUCAGGGAGCCAGAGGGGCUGGGAGCGGGGUCUGGAGGAGCUCUGGGAAGAGCUCGGCUCCGUCCCAGGCUCCCUGUGCUGCAGCCUCGCCCUCGCUGGGUUUCCCCGAGGAUGAGGAGCCUUGGGAGCAUCCACAGGCCACCCUCUGUCCUGAAUUCCAGGGGAGAGCCCUUGGAAUAUUUGUCACCUCCAUGGGAGGGGUCGCAGAGCUGCUGCUCAGUCAUUAAAAUGUCUCCAGAGGC